AGUGUGGAAAUAAGGCAGCCAUGUUUCAGCUUUCGAUCUGUUGUGUCUCCCAAAUGUAAUCCACCGGCAUCGCUGGGGAUUUGUUACAUAUACGACACUUCAAACCAUACAACCUAAAUAAAAGCGUCUGAGACUGAAACACUGGAAACUGUUUCAAAUUUAUUUUUGAACAAAAAAAAAAGGUGUUUUGUUUUUUCUUCCAGUCUUGUGGGAGGUAACUCGUUAUCCGGUGUUUCUUUUAUUCAAGUGACGUAAUAGAGCGACAGGAGGCAGUAGUAACCACUAAACUUUCCAGCAACUCUUAAAAAUAUUUUGUACUUCGGUAACCGUGGAAAAAAAAAAAAAAAAAAAAAAAAAAAAAGAAAACAAAGGAUUUUUUUUUAUAACAGCCUGGGACCACCUGCUUUACAAACUUAGUUUAGGCUUGGUUUCGGAAACCGAGAGUGAAACGUUCUUUUGAAAAUGACUUUCCGUGGUAUUGAAUCUGCCGAAGUGGAGUUGAAACUAAGUGAACUCUGUGCCUGACCGAAGAGAGACACUUCCGUGCUGCAGCGGUUGGAGAGGAAUGGUGGCAGCUGCAGCUGCAAGAAGUUUAUGAACUAAGAAACUGGUCCUUUCCGUUUUAUUACCUCUCAAAAACUUUCACAACCGGGAUACUGUUUUGUUAUUUUAUAAUUAUCGAGUACACGUACAUCGUAUGGAAUGCGUUUUUCAAGCCUGUGAUUUCAUAGUCUUUCAAACUGCCCGCUUGUAUGGAUUAGAAUCGGCUGCUUUUUAUUUUCUUUCAUGUAUUUAUUUUUUGUUUGGUCACGUUGUGGAUAUACAGGAUAGCGAGGAUUUAUUUGGUUGGCUAUUCAGCCGGAAUACUGGUUGUGUCUGUUAAUUACAUUUCAUUAAUUAUUUAAAUUAUAAGUAUAACCAGAUAAAUACGGUCAAUACAAAUACCCAGUUGAGCGGGCUGAAUAUUAAAUGCCGAGCUCGGAGGUGGUGCAAGAGGGUCGGGGACGGAGCCCCUCUGAGCACAAAAAGCCCCGGCAGGAGAAGAGAGUUAAAUCGCCAAGCUCCGGUGGAGGAAUAGAGCCAUUUUCUCAGGAUCAGAAACGCCGGGAGAAGAAGCGAUCUUCCUCCUCCCGAAACAAGAAGCGCGAAUACGGCAGGGGACGAGUGCAGCAGUUGCUGAAUGAGCCAGGCAGCGAGCGGAGGAGCGUGUUUGAGAGAGACGGGGAGCUCAGGACCCUGGUGGAGUAUGACGAUGUCAGCUCCCAGUCGGAGCGUUUCUCGGGGAGCCCCUCUCCCAAGCUUGAGCCCCAUAACCAGCGGCUUUUGUUGCAGAGUCUGAAUGAGAGUGAGCCCGGCGGCGGCAGGGGGGACGAGCAAGGGAAGAGAUUGAGAAAAGAGCACAGUAACCCAGGCAAGGAGCCCCGCCAACACAGUAGCCGAUCCACAGAGAGGAACAAGCUGGAAAAACAGCAUAAGAGGGACAACCAUCAGAGGGAGGGGGGGCCUUCUAAACCCUGGGCCAGCAGCGGUGGUAACAAACAGGCCAGAGAUGGCACCCGUAACAUUGACAGCAACGGGAAGAAAAAACAUAACUUGCCCUUCUCUAUAGACAAAAAGGAGAGGGAGGCCAAACUUCACAAAAGUAAUAAAUCAAAAGCGGAGAAGGAGGCCCCGUCUGCCUACAGGGACACCCCAAAAGCUUACAGGGACGACAGGGAAGAACCCAGGGCCUACAGAAAGAGACAAUCGGUAAGCCCAGGACACAAGCAGGACAGCCCUUAUGUGACUUACGGCCAGGGCUAUGGGAACCAGUCUCCAGUUAUUGGUGGGUGUUACAACCAGUUUAGUGCUAGAAAGAGCCCUAAUUACAACAAGAGACGAUCCCCAAGCCCACACUAUGGUGGCAGAGACUCUGAGAUGUAUGGUGUGUACAGCAACAUUACGAAGUCGCCUAGCUCGUACUCCAACAGAAGACAUCGGUCUCCCAGCCCAUACAGCAGACGCAGGUCCCCCAGUUAUAACCGACACAGCCCGUAUGAACAAGGGGAAAUAACUUCGAGUCCGUACAACAGCAGGCGAAGAUCAAGAAGUCCCUACAGAAAAUCCUACAGCCCGAGCCCCGAUGUCCGAAGAGGGAAGUCGCGGAGCCGCAGUCCCUACUCUACCCGUCACUCACGGUCCCGCAGCAGACAUCGGCAUUCACGCUCACGCAGCCGCCAUUCUAGCAUCUCCCCCAGCACCCUCACCUUUAAGAGCAGCCUGGCAGCCGAACUCAGCAAACAGAAGAAGGCCAAGGCAGCUGAAGCAGCUCGCACUGGGGCCAAGAACUCCGCCUCCACGCCUACUAAAGGGCCUGCUGUAGCCGCCACCCCGGCUGCUGUAUCCCAGCCCUCCCUGACAAACCAUGUGAAGGAGCCCAAGAAACUCCGGCUGGACAGGCCUCCCUCACCACCUCCAGAGAAGCCUGCUAAGGCCAAGGGGCCUUCAACAGAGGGUCAGGUCGAAACUCGUUCCCCUGCCGAUUGGAGUAGCAAACGAGCAGCCCCUCCUGUAGCCCCCAGAGAGAACAAAGGGAAGGAAGAGUCUUCCCAGCUGCCCAAGGAAAAGAGGAAACCCCCUGUGCCUGGCAGCAUGGGAGGCAAGGAGAAAGAGAGACAGGCAGUGUUGCCCACCUCGACCCUGCCCCCUCUACCUUUGCCACCUGUGCUGCCCGAGGACCUGGAUGCUGAAAGUUCAGUAAAGUCAGCCAAGAAGAAGCCAGAGAAAAAAGCUCGCCCUUUACUGAGUGACCUCCCUCUACCACCCGAACUGACAGGAGGAGCCCCUGCUUCCCCAAACAGUCCAGAGGAUAAGAAGCCAGCAGCUCAGCCAGUCAUUAAACGGAGACCAAAAAUUUGUGGUCCUCGGUUUGGUGAAAUAAAAGAGACAGAGAUCGACUGGGGAAAGCGUUGUGUGGACAAGUUUGAAAUCCUUGGAAUAACUGGAGAGGGCACUUAUGGACAAGUUUACAAAGCCAAAGACAAGGAUACAGCUGAAAUGGUGGCACUGAAGAAAGUGCGAUUAGAUAAUGAAAAAGAAGGCUUUCCUAUCACUGCUAUUCGUGAGAUCAAAAUCCUCCGGCAGCUGAACCACAAGAGCAUCAUCAAUAUGAAGGAGAUUGUAACCGACAAGGAGGAUGCACUGGACUUCAAGAAGGACAAAGGUGCUUUUUACCUCGUGUUUGAAUACAUGGACCAUGACCUAAUGGGCCUGCUGGAAUCAGGAUUAGUUCACUUUAAUGAAAGCCACAUAAAAUCAUUCAUGAGACAACUAAUGGAAGGACUGGACUACUGCCACAAGAAAAACUUUUUACACAGAGAUAUCAAGUGUUCAAACAUUUUGCUCAAUAACAGGGGGCAAAUUAAGCUUGCAGAUUUUGGUCUUGCCCGACUCUACAAUUCAGAGGAAAGCCGCCCAUACACCAAUAAAGUCAUUACGCUGUGGUAUAGACCACCUGAACUGCUGCUGGGAGAGGAGAGAUAUACCCCAGCUAUUGAUGUCUGGAGCUGCGGGUGUAUCCUAGGAGAACUUUUCACGAAGAAGCCUAUUUUUCAAGCAAACCAGGAACUUGCUCAGCUAGAGCUUAUUAGUCGAAUCUGUGGCAGCCCAUGUCCCGCAGUUUGGCCAGAUGUAAUAAAGCUCCCUUAUUUUAACACCAUGAAACCAAAGAAACAGUAUCGGAGACGAAUAAGGGAAGAAUUUGCAUUCAUUCCUUCAACUGCACUAGAUCUUUUUGAUCAUAUGCUUGCAUUGGAUCCUAGCAAACGUUGCACAGCUGAACAGGCUCUUCAGAGCGAGUUCCUGAAGGAUGUGGAUCCUGUCAAAAUGCUGCCUCCUGACCUCCCUCUAUGGCAGGAUUGCCAUGAGCUCUGGAGCAAAAAACGUAGGCGUCAGAAGCAAAUGCCUGAUGAGAUGACAGCCCCCAAAGUCCCCAGAAAGGAGCUGGCUUUGGGAAUGGAUGACAGCAGGAACAAUACCCCUCAAGGCCUUCAACCUACUCAACAGAAAUCUCAGGGCAGUUCUAGUGUAGGACUAGAUAUUAAAGCCACUGGACCCCAGCUAACUCAGGAUCAACUGACAAUUCUGCUGAACUUGCUUCAGUCCAAGAAUACAGUUAGCAUGGCUCAAUUUGCCCAAGUCAUGAACAUCAAGGUGAACCCAGAGACUUUGCAGGAACUGAACAGCAUGUCCCUCCCAGCUGGGAUCCUGGCCUCCACGGAGAAGCCUCAAGAGCCAGUGGUAACCCAACCUCCUGUCCCCUCGGCCCCACACACGCCUCCACAGCAAGCCCUGCCUAAGCUGGAGGGGGAUGCAGCUCCCACCGCCAUUCAGAGUGCAUUCACAGUUCUGCUGGCUCAGCUCCUAAAGGUUCAGCAGAUGCAGAAAAAAGACAGUGUUCCAGUAGAAGAGAUUAGCAGUGGAAACGAUGUGCGCCCAGAGCCCAGGCAGCCCCCUGAGCCCAGCCCCUCUCCUUCACCAGGUUUGGACGAUAGUGCUGACCUGCAACAUAAUGCCACUGCUCCAGAACCUCCGUUGAUCCUGCCUCCAGACCAGCGUCCCCCAGAGCCUCCAGAACCCCCUCCCACCACAGAAGAUCUGGACUACAGAGGAACCAUGGGCUCUGCUGAUCCCCAUUCAGGAAUGAAGGCAGCCCUGAUGCAACUGAUUGCCCAGCACAGCGUACCAGAGCCAGAGUACCAGCAAGAAAGUUCCUACCAACCGGGCAGUGAGUACAGGGAGAGCUUUGGGAGUUCAUCAUUCUCCUCCAGCAGUUACACCAGUGAUGACUUCAGGGGCAGCCACUUAGGGGCAGGGGAGAGAGCCAGCUUCCUGGGCGGCGGCUUACCUCCACACUCAUUAAGGGAGAUGUUUAGUAGUGGAGCUCCAACUUACACUGGUGUUGCCUGCAGGCCACGUACCCCAGGCUACCCAGAGUCCUUUUCGAGCUCAGUGGGCAGCAACUAUGGUGACAGCAGCAACUACUCUGGGUGUGGAGCAGGUGGAGGAGGAGGAAGCGGAGGGGCCAUGCUAUUUAGCGGGGAUAAGGACCACAGAUUUGAGUACAACCACAGCCCUCUGCCAAUGCUAGCAAACAGCAGUAACCUAGAAAGUACUCAGGCUGCUAGCAUGCCAGGAAACAUCUACAGUUAUAACCACGGGAUGAGCAGGCAAGAAAACAUGCUUCCUGGGGGUCCCGCGCAUGGGCAGAACUGGGGAUCACCCUCACAAGGUGGUGCCUACUCGCAGGGCUACAGGGCACACAUGAACACUUCAACAUUAAGAGGAAGAGGGCUACCAUACUGAUUUAAUUCUUGAAGACUGCUUUUAAAAGGCUUUGGGCACAUUCAAAGCUGGGAUUUUUUUUUUUUUUUUAAACAGCUUAAAAGUUUAAAAAUUAUUUACUGGAUGUGAAAGACAAUUUGUUUUGU